CAUGGGGCAGAUGAAUACUAGGUCCCACGUGGCCUUGGAUCUUUAAUUUUCAUGGUGCUUCCAACUCCUUCCACAUGACUCAGCUCCUCCACCUUCUUCUGCUUCCUCUGCAACAUCAAUGGCGAUUUACAAAACCCUAAGGACUAAACCAAAACCCAACAGAUCCCCCAUCCUCUUCCUCGUCCUCUCCAUCCUCGCCAUUGCGUUUCUCUGCAUUCUUUCCUCUUCCAUUUCCAUCAAUGGUUCCUUAUUUAGAUCCGAAAAAACCCAAUUAAACACCCUUAAAUCGAGGCACAGUGUUGGCCAUGAGAAGUACCUUUAUUGGGGCUACAAAAUUGAUUGUCCUGGAAAGCAUUGCGACUCCUGUGAGGGUUUGGGCCACCAAGAAUCGAGCCUCAGGUGUGCCCUUGAAGAAGCGUUGUUCCUCCAGAGAACUCUUGUGAUGCCUUCUAGAAUGUGUAUCAACCCAAUACAUAACAAGAAAGGGAUUCUUCAUCACUCCAGUAAUGCGACUUCAGAGGAGAUGUGGGCAGCAAACUCUUGUGCUAUGGAUUCUUUGUAUGAUUUAGAUCUGAUGUCCAACACUGUACCUGUAAUUUUAGACAAUUCAAAAAUGUGGUAUCGGGUACUAUCAACAAGUAUGAAGUUGGGAGCUAGAGGGGUUGCCCAUGUGGCUGGAGUUAGUCGGAUUGCUCUCAGAGACAACAGUCACUACUCAAAUCUCUUACUCAUAAACCGAACUGCAAGCCCUCUUUCAUGGUUUAUGGAGUGCAAGGAUCGAAACAACCGUAGUGCUAUAAUGUUACCAUAUUCAUUUCUCCCUUCAAUGGCAGCUAAAAAACUGAGAGAUGCUGCUGGAAAGAUUAAGGUGCUCCUUGGUGAUUAUGAUGCCAUGCAUGUUCGUCGAGGUGAUAAGAUAAAAACCAGGAAGGAUAGAUUUGGGGUUGAUAGGACCUUACAUCCUCAUCUGGACAGGGAUACACGGCCAGAAUUUAUUCUCCGUAGAAUUGAGAAAUGGGUGCCCCCUGGACGAACUCUUUUUAUUGCCUCGAAUGAGAGGACGCCAGGAUUUUUUUCACCUCUCUCUGCCAGGUAUAGGUUGGCAUAUUCAUCAAACUACAGUAAGAUUCUGGAUCCAUUAGUUGAAAAUAAUUACCAGUUGUUCAUGAUAGAGAGACUGAUUUUGAUGGGGGCCAAAACAUACAUUAGAACAUUCAAGGAAGAUGAAACAUAUCUCAGCCUGACUGAUGAUCCAAAGAAGAAUACCAAGGCAUGGCAGAUACCGGUUUAUACAUCAGAUGGGGAGGGAAGCUGACGUUGCAUCCUUUCUGGUCCCUCCGCCGUUUUUUCUGUUAUUCAGUUCAUUCUCUGAUCCCUUAAUUCACUUGGUUUUUUGUGGCCUUCCUCUUGCAACCGUGAAAGCAAACGUUGCAUGGCAAACUGGAACAUUGUAGCUUCAGAUGAAGAAUCAGAUCCUGGAAAAUGAGAGGCUGGCUGCGUUGUCAAUGUUGUAAAUUGCAGUCAAACUCUAGUGGAGAGUUUCACGGUGUUCUUUUUAUACUGAAAAUUUUGAAAUAUAUAUCUCUACCAUGAUAUUUUGGCUUGUAAUGACAAGUUUUGAUUGGAAAAUGUUUUUGUUUUUAUUUUUUAUUUUAUUAUUUGGAGUGAACAAUGUUUCGCCCUUAUGAUGGCAUUGCAAUUUACAGCAGUUUGGAUCCUCAA